AACAAAUUUCAGUCAGAACUUGCUGCCAGAGGCGACUCCGCUUGCGGCUGAGUGAGAGCAUUCACAAGCAGUGGCUGCCGUCUAUAAAGGAGCGGCGACGCUUCGGCUCCUCCCCCACCAUUUAGAUUCUCCAAAGAUCCAAUUUUGUAAUUAGCUAUUUGAUUAGCUUUGCUCCGUUGAUCUACAAUCAGCAAUUUUUUUUUGUGCCGGAGCUCAAUCGGAUUGAUUCGCGGUUGUUCUCCAUCUCCGCCGUGCUUAAACCCUAGAAAUCUCAGGUAAGCGGUUCGCUACUGCAAUAUUUCUAUAUUUUUUCACCUCGGUAGGUUUUGUUUUUUCUUUUUUUUUUUUUGCUUUCGAGAGGGGGAAAAAUCUAGGGUUUUUGCUCGGGGUGAUGUUGGCCGGAUGAAAUGCAGUUGUGUGAUUAGGAAUUUAAAUUUAGGUUCGAGCGAGGUGAUUUUGGUUUUGAAUUUUGAUUAUGAUGUGAUAUUAUGAAGCGUUGUUGAAUAUGAGCGAUGGGGUUGGGAAGGAUAGUUUGAAGGGCUUGACCGAGGGAGAGAAUCAGCAGUCGAAUAGGAAGAAGAAGAAGUUGGGAACGGACGAAUUUGCCCAGGCCGUUGCGAGAAUUGCCGUGGCGCAGGUUUGCGAGGGUUUAGGGUUUCAGAGCUUUAACCAGUCUGCAUUGGAUGUUCUUGCAGAUGUAGGGGUGAGGUACAUUAGGGAUAUAGGGAAAACAGCGUGUUCGUACGCGAAUUUAGCGAAUAGGAGCCAGUGUAAUGUGUUUGAUGUUAUUCAAGGAUUGGAGGAUUUCGGCUCCGUUCAGGGUUUUCCAGGCGCUUCCGAUCUUAACCAUUGCCUUUUAGGGUCUGGAGUUGUUAGAGAUGUUAUUCGUUAUGUUGCCCAAGCAGAGGAAAUCCCGUUUGCAUAUUCGAUUCCUGCUUUUCCUGUUGUGAAAGAGAGGAUAUUUAGCCCUAGUUAUGCACAGGCAGAGGAAAAUCCUCCCGACGAACAUAUACCUAGUUGGUUGCCCAAGUUUCCGGAUCCCGACACUUAUGCAGAUAAAGACUCAGAAACAGAGGUGGCUAACAAAAUCCUGCUGGUAGAAGAGCCUGAUGCGACGGUGGAAAGAUCUUCUUCGAGUAUGCAUCGAAGAUUAAUCUGUAAUGGGUCUGAAGCAGGAGUAGUAGUUGAUAAAGUGGAUGCUGCAAAGGUAAAACUAGCAGCAGAAAGCAACCCGUUUCUUGCCCAGCCUCUUCAAUUUGGAGAAAAGGAUGUUCUUUUGCCUGUUGUACCGGCUAAACUUUUGGAAGAAACUCUGGGGUAUCAUCGAAGUCGUAAAGUGUUGGAUAACCAUCUAUCAAAAUCGAUGCCGUCAACCAAUGAAGCUGCUUCAAAUAAUGCUCCUUGUGAAACCGAGGACAGGAGAAAUAUUCUUUUCAACGAGAGGCAAAAUGUGCAUUUUAAGUUUGGAAAUAGUAAGAAAUCCGUAGGUACGGGGAUGUGCAGCCAGACUGAGGGGUCGGAAAAGAAUUCUCUUUGGUUUGGUGAUGAUUGUGAUGGAGAAGAUGAGAAGAAAAGGACGGCUGAGAAAGUUCUUCGGGAAAAUAUGGAAAUCCACUGAAAGAAUCUCACUUGUAAAUUAGGCGUGUUUGAUUAGAGACUGUAUAAUUUUUUUUAAUUGAGCUAGCUAGCAUUUUUAUGCUUUUUCGAGGGUAGUCAUAGUUGAGGGGCUAGAGUUUAUCUGUACGAGUAUUCAGAUUUCGAAACGGGAACUAGUCUCACUUUUCUUAAUGAGUUCUUGAGGUAUGUAGUUGUCAGUUACCUGCAUCAACCUUUGUAAUUGAUAAUUUUUUUCUCGGUGAAAUGAUAAUCAUUAGCUUUGUUUUUCCA